CACGCAGACACGCGCGCGCGUUCAGUUGCCGGCGUCGCAAAACCACGCACUCACGUUUCGAUGCGUCUCCUCGUUCAGAUGCUCCUCUGUGCUUUUACUCAUACUGGCCAAUCACUACUAGGCUGAUGGGAGGUAAUUGGAUAAUUAUAUUUCACCUAAACCCGAGACGCCACCAGAAGAAUCCAAAGUAAGGACCGUAUCUACUCAUUACAGAAGCAUACGCGCUGCUUUGCUCGUACCUGAGAGUCAGAGAGCAUCAGUGGCGUUGGAGUUCAAGUCACGUUGCAUCAGAGUAGAUGUGCUCAUAGGCUGUGCCAUGGAGGCGAGAGGAAGUGGACAGGUCUGGGUUUAGCGCGAGACAUUUUAACCUCAUCUCUAGCAGGACUUCAACACGUCUAGUGAAGACACUCCUGCCCUCGGGAUUUUUAUAGCCAUUUUUUUCUUCGUUUACUCUGAUCUCUUUGCACUAUGAACAUCGACGUGGAAAGAACAGGAAAAAAAUAGGUAGUGUGAGUCUUCGUGGCAUCGCCUCCGGUGUUUAGCUCGUCCUAGUGUGCCGGAACACAAUGGGUUAGAUAGAAGAUUUGGAUGGACCAUAUUUUUACAGAGAGCACGAGUUUGCAUUGAUCUUACACGGAAUAUACAAGAAACACAUGACUUUUCUUACAUGAAGUGAAGAGGAUUUCUACAUCUGCCUCUAUGCGGUUUUGGAAGAAGACGCCGUGAGGUCUUGUAUGAACUAUAGGUUUGUGGCAAGGAUUCGGUUGGAAACGUCGGUGUAAUUAAAAUUGAUCUCCAUAUCCCCCACUUCCUCCCCUACAUUCACAGAUGCUUCACGCUGCAAAUCAUUCCCGGGGCUGUAAUGAUAGUUGAGGAAAAUACGCGUCUUGCAAUCCGCACUGGUCUGUGAGGAGAAAUUUAAUCAGAUUCUGGAUAAAAGAAGAAGAAGAAGCAAAAAGUUUUAUUCUAAACCACGACGACGGAAUGAAUCAGUCUCGGCGCUUUCCUUUUACUUUCUGGAGGAGGACGGGAAGGGGGAUGUGGAGAGAGCGGUCACUUUCAGCAGGAAGAUGCGACUGUUGAAGGCAAUGCUGGAAGUGGUGGCGAGGCUGUGCGUAAGACCUGAAUACACACCACUGAUCAGCGCAUAUACAGAAUGGCACACCAGCGCCAAUCGGGAUCUGAUUUGAUUUGUAUGUAGUGCAGGGGGGGAAAAGUGCUGGCUUGUGUCGCAACGCUGGACAAAUCUGUGUCCGGUUUAAUACGACAUGAUUUUGUGCUGCAUCACAAAUUGGCGCGUGUCAGUUUGAUAUUUCCUCGGAUGGAGAAAGUACACCGAACAGCAUAUGGAUGCGCUUGUAUCAGACUUGGUAAAGGAUCUGGAGAUAUUGGCUUCGACUCGGUGUAGUCUAAAGUCUGCGUUGUGAAAGAACAAAACUGUGCGCAGGAAAAUUGCGGAUGGAGUUCUGUCGCGUAUUUCGUGGGGAAAGAGUCCAACAGUGCGCUCCCUGCUUUUGACUGAAAUUACAUUGCGAGAAAAGGUGAGCCACCAGAUGAAACUGAGUGAGUGCGAAGAUGUCCAGAGACUGCUGGCACUGUGGAUAAUUUGGCAGCUUUCCAAUUACAACACACCCCAAAGAGUGGACAGCUAUCCUACGAAUUAUGAAUGUUGAACAAGAUGACCUACUUCCCACAGCAGCAGACGAUGAGAGGUCCUAGGUGGAAUCGGGCCUUGUCCGACCCAUUGUUUAUAUUGUUGUUGGCCUUGCAAUUGCUAGUGGUUGCUGGCUUGGUGAGAGCCCAGACUUGUCCAUCCGUCUGCUCUUGCAGUAAUCAGUUCAGUAAGGUCAUCUGUACGCGUCGUGGUCUGAGAGAUGUACCAGAUGGUAUCUCUACAAACACCAGGUACCUAAACCUACAAGAAAAUUUAAUCCAGGUGAUCAAGGUAGACAGCUUCAAACACUUACGGCACUUAGAAAUCCUGCAGCUCAGCAAGAACCAUAUCCGUAGCAUUGAAAUUGGAGCCUUUAAUGGGUUGGCCAGUUUAAACACACUGGAACUCUUUGAUAACAGACUGACUACUAUACCUAAUGGAGCAUUUGAGUAUCUGUCAAAGUUAAAAGAGUUAUGGCUGCGGAAUAAUCCCAUUGAGAGCAUACCAUCCUAUGCCUUUAACCGGGUGCCCUCACUGAGAAGGCUGGAUUUGGGUGAGCUGAAAAGGCUCUCAUAUAUAUCAGAAGGUGCUUUUGAAGGCCUAAGCAACCUGCGUUACCUUAACCUUGGCAUGUGUAAUCUGAAGGAAAUUCCUAAUCUCACACCUCUGGUACGCUUAGAUGAACUGGAAAUGUCAGGAAAUCAGCUUUCAGUUAUACGUCCAGGUUCUUUCAAAGGCCUAGUCCACUUGCAGAAACUGUGGAUGAUGCAUGCUCAGAUCCAGACAAUUGAAAGGAAUGCUUUUGAUGAUCUUCAGUCACUUGUAGAACUUAAUUUGGCUCAUAAUAACCUUACUCUGCUCCCUCAUGACCUCUUUACACCACUGCACCAUUUGGAGAGGGUUCACUUGCACCACAACCCAUGGAAUUGUGACUGUGACAUUCUUUGGCUUAGCUGGUGGCUAAAGGAAGUAGUACCAGCCAAUACCAGCUGUUGUGCUCGCUGCAGUACCCCUGCGAGCCACAAGGGACGGUAUAUUGGUGAAUUGGAUCAAAACUAUUUCCACUGUUAUGCUCCUGUCAUUGUGGAGCCACCUGCUGAUUUGAACGUGACAGAGGGCAUGGCAGCAGAACUAAAAUGCAGGGCAAGUUCACUGACAUCAGUCAGUUGGAUUACCCCCAAUGGGUCUAUCAUGACACAUGGAGCAUACAAAGUGCGCAUUUCUGUGCUGAAUGAUGGGACAUUAAACUUUACAAAUGUCACAAUGCAGGACACAGGGACAUACACGUGUAUGGUUAGUAACUCAGCAGGCAACACCACUGCCUCUGCUACACUAAAUGUAUCCUCAACAGAGAACAGCAGUUUCAGCUAUUUUACCACAGUGACAGUAGAGACGAUUGAGCCAUCGAAUGAUGAAGGGCACACCAUAGUACACCAGAAAGUGGGUCCAACUCCUUCUUCUGGAGUGUGGGAGACAUCUUCUGCACCUUCAUCAACCACAACCACAACAACCCGAACACAAGUCUCCACCAAGGCCACAGAAAAAACAUACACCAUUCCAGUCACAGCAGUGGGAGAGGGCUCCCUCAACACCCUAGAUGAGGUGAUGAAGACAACUAAAAUAAUAAUUGGCUGCUUUGUGGCCAUCACACUAAUGGCCGCAGUUAUGUUAAUUAUUUUCUACAAAAUGCGUAAACAGCAUCACCAGCAGAAUCACCACGCACCAACACGAACCAUUGAGAUCAUCAAUGUGGAUGAGGACUGCAUGGCUGCUGGACCAACUAUGGAGGGUCAUUUGAAUCUGCCACCUCUUGAGCAUGAGCAUCUUAACCACUACAAUACUUACAAGACAGCAUACAAUCAUGCAUCCACCAUCAACUCUAUACACACCUCUGCACACGAACCUUUGCUUAUUCGAGCCAGCUCAAAAGACAAUGUACAAGAAACCCAGAUUUGAACUCUUUUUUCACAAUGGUAAAAAAAAAAGAAAAAAGGAAAAAAAAUAAAAAGGAAAAAAAAAAAACAACAAAAAAAAACAGGACCUAUGAAAACUAAAAGAGAAAUAUCUGACAUUUUCAAUCUAAAGAAAAUGGCUCUAGGUACUGAUGACAUGGAAGUCCAUGUGCAGCAAAUAAGCGAAUGAUGAAGGUAAUUCAGUGACUUUUGGCGCUAGGGUAUGUUAAUUGUUUCAAAGUGUCUUUACCUAACAGAAGUUAUUUA